AAAAAAGUACGCGUCGCGCUCGAUCAGACGCAAGACCAACUCCAGCCUCUCUUCCCCAACUCUUCCCUCCCUCUCUCCCCCCUCCACUCACAGGACAAACUCGUCUCUUCGCCAUGACAACGACGGACUCAACGCCGACCAAGAGCUUCGUCUCAUCCUCGAACCGCGCCAAGAUCGCCGGCGGCCCCACUCCCGAGACACCCUUCCCUAUCAAGAUGUCUGGCACCGUCAUCAAGGGCUUUGGACGUGGAAGCAAAGAGCUCGGCAUUCCUACCGCCAACCUGCCCGAAGAAGCCAUUGCUGCACAGGAGCGCCACAUGGUCACAGGGAUCUACUACGGCUGGGCGCAGGUCGUCGUCAAAAACAAGCCCACCUCCUCAGCAUCAGAGAACGCCUCAACGACGACAGCAGCGACGACAGCAGCAGCAGCAGCAGGAGCAAUAGCAGGACUGAUGGGACUAAGAGGAGGAGCAACUCCAACGACAGCGUCCUCGUCCUCGUCCUCCUUAGCGACCCACUGUCCCGCCACCGUAUACCCCAUGGUCAUGUCCCUGGGCUGGAACCCCUUCUACAAGAACGAGAAGAAAUCGGCCGAGGUCCAUAUCAUGCACAACUUCCAUCGCGAUUUCUAUGGGGAUGAACUUCGCGUCGUCGUGCUCGGUUAUAUCCGUCCCGAAUUCGAUUACACCACCCUCGAGGCGCUGAUCGAGGAUAUCAACAUCGACAUCGACGUCGCACACCGGUCCUUGGAGAGACCUAAUUAUGCUACUUAUAAGGAAGACCCGAUUUUCUUGCAGCUUUAGAAAGACUCAGUUCCUUUUCCUUCUCCUCAAGCGAUCGAUAAUAAUAAAAAAUACACUGGGGAUAUAGACACAAAUCGACGGAAAAAAAAAAGAAAACUAUGGUCGCCUACUGCCGAUACACUUUGGCAAUUGCACAUGCAUGCCUCUGCUCUACGCAGCAACAU